AGCGAAACGCAAAACGAGAAGGCGAAAACAAAACAAGCAGAGUGAAGAAGACCCCACGACACGCUGUCGUUGCCGGUCGCGACGAGCAUUAUUUUAUUAAGUAGAGAUUAGAACAAGUCAGAGAUUAAAACGAAAGAAAUUGAAAUUAAAGCGCUUAGCUUAUCGGCAACUAAAUUUGAUUUGGAGGCCAGGCCCGUUGCCCAAAACAAAUAGUGAAAACACACACACAGAGGCGCACUCGUUCACACACACACGCACACAGAUAAUGCCAGGGGGAGAGAGAGAGAGGAGAGCGGAGAUAGCGGCUAACAACAGUGUAAAUAGAAGAAUUAAGCUCUAAAGUGGCAAAGUGCUGUUUAUAUAAUAACAAUAAAACAACAUGCGACUGCGACUCCUGAGCCAAGCGAACAGACUGCGAUUGUUGCAACGCCAACGUUGGCUGGCCACCACAAGCAGCACAAAUCUCGCCCAGCAACAGCAGCAAGGAGAACGCAACGAAUCGAGGGGCAAAAGGGAUUACAAUGGCCUGGUUUAUGGCGCCGCAACUUUGGCUGGCAUUGGCGCCGGUUUCUUGCUCUUCAAUGAACUGGACAAGCCACGUAGCAGCAACAACAUCAUCACCACAAGCACAGCAACUGUUGCUCCACCAGCUUUAGAUGAGGAGGCCACCGCGCGUCUUUGGCACACAACGAAGCGCAACGAUUUGCCCGUCUACAGCGUCGAUGAGGUGAGCAAACACAACACCGCCGAGACUGGUAUUUGGAUCACCUAUGGCCUGGGUGUCUACGAUGUUAGCGAGUUUGCACCCAAUCAUCCGGGUGGCGAUAAGAUUAUGAUGGCAGCCGGCAGCGCCAUCGAUCCCUUCUGGGCCAUCUUUCAGCAGCACAACACGCUCGAGGUGCUGCAACUGCUUGAGGGCUUUCGCAUUGGCAAUCUGCCGCAGUUGGAAGCCGCGCCUGUGGAGUUGGAGCAUGAUUCACCGUGGUCACAGGAGCCGAAACGUCAUGCGUUGCUGAAGCCAACGAGUGAGCGGCCCUUCAAUGCGGAGCCACCGAUUGCGAUGCUCUCGGAGAAAUUCCUGACGCCCAACGAGUAUUUCUAUGUGCGCAAUCAUUUGCCGGUGCCCACGCUGCAGCCCGAGGACUACGAGCUGGAACUGGAGGUGGAGGCGGGCGAAGGGCAGAAGGAGCUGAAGCUGAGCUUUGCGGAGAUCAAGGCGCUGCCCAAGCACUCGGUCACAGCGGCCAUUAUGUGCGGUGGCAAUCGACGCUCCGAGAUGACCAAAGUGAAGCCGGUGAAAGGUCUGUCAUGGGGCGCUGGCGCCGUGGGCAAUGCCAAGUGGUCAGGUGCGCGCCUUUGCGAUGUUUUGCGUCAGCUGGGCGUUCAGCCACACGAGCAACUUCAUGUGAUAUUCGAGGGUGCUGACUUGGAUCCCACAUCGCAUCCGUAUGGCGCCUCCAUACCGCUGUCCAAGGCACUCGAUCCACGCGGCGAUGUGCUGCUCGCCUACGAGAUGAACGACCAGCCACUGAGCCGGGAUCACGGCUUUCCCAUACGCGUAAUUGUCCCAGGCACCGUCGGGGCACGCAACGUCAAGUGGCUGACACGCAUCAUUGUCGCCGAUCACGAGAGCGAUUCGCAUUGGCAGCAAAAUGAUUACAAGGGCUUCAGUCCCAGCACCGAUUGGGAUACGGUUGACUUUAGCAAAUCGCUGGCCAUUCAAUCGAUGCCCGUCACCUCGGCCAUUUGCAGUCCCAUGCCCGAGGAACACGUGAAGGUCGAUGGCGACGGAUUCAUCACGGCUCGGGGUUACGCUUGGAGUGGCGGUGGACGUCGAAUUGUGCGUGUGGAUCUGACAAGCGAUGGAGGAAAAACAUGGCAUGUGGCCGAGCUGGAGCAGGAGGAUUUGCCCGAUGGCCGACACUAUGGCUGGUCGCUAUGGACAGCGCGUUUGCCCAUCAGCGCCGAGCAGCGACAGACGCAAUCGGUGGAGUUGUGGGCCAAGGCCGUGGACUCGGCUUACAAUGUGCAGCCGGAAGCCUUUGAGCACAUCUGGAAUUUGAGGGGUGUGCUCGCCAAUGCCUAUCACAAGGUCAAAGUGAAGCUAGUCUAAGCUGAUCAAUUAACAAUUUAAGCAAGCAAACAAACAACGCGAUUAACGACAAAUGUGAAAUUAAUCUGAAAUUAUGUGCAUCACAAACUGUUUUUUUUAGAUUCGACAGUUUUGUAACUAAAUAUGUGAAUAUUUUUCAUAAGACACUUUACACUUUUAGAAAAUUAAAGACGUUUCAAAAAGAGAAAAACGUCAGUGAAAUUAUAAUUAUGAAAGUGAAAUUAUAUGCAUCACAAACUAUUUUUUUAGAUUCGACAGUUUUGUAAAAAAAAAAUAUGAUUAUUUUUCAUAAGAAAAUUUACACUUUUUUGGUUUUCAAACUAGACGACUAGAAAAAGGGAAAACCAUAAGUAAAAUUAAAAUUAUGAAUGUGAAAUUAAUUUGAAAUUAUGUGCAUCACAAACAAUUAUUUAAGAUUCGACUAUUUUGUAAAUAAAUAUAUGAAUUUCAUUCAUAAGACAAUUUACACUUAAAUUGCUUUACAGUCAAGUUAAAACGUUUUAUAAGAUUGAAGUUUUGUUUAAAGACGAUUCAGAAAGGAAAUAAAAACAAUUGAAAUUACAAUUACACAUGUGAAAUUAAUAUGAAAUUUUAGUUUCAACUGUUUUGUAAAUAAAAAUGAAUAUUUUUAUAAAUUAAUUGAACUUGGACUUCAAAAUAUUUUCAACAAAUAUGUAAAUAGGUGAAGCAUUAUCAACGUAAAUUUAAAGAGUUGAAUCUAAGAAACUGUCAACUGAUUUAUAGUUUACAAAACAAGCAAAUCGAUCAACGAAUAAUGACAAAUGUGAAAUUAAUUCGAUAUUAAGAGUUCUUGUAAAUAAAUUUUAACGUUGUUAAAAAAAAGAUACCAAUUUAGUUUAACUUAAAAUACUUCUACGUCAUUAGAUUGAAGUUGGUUUAAAGACAACCCAAAAAAAGUAAGAAAGCUACAAUCGAGUGUUCUCGACUGUGAGACACUCGCUACUCAAUAAGAACAAAACAGUGCGGUAUU